AUGACUUCUAUCAACCUUGGCCACCCCGUCGACAUGCACGUCCACCUGCGACAGGGCGAGAUGAUGAAGCUCGUCACCCCCACCGUCAAGCAGGGCGGUUUCUCCGUCGCCUACGUCAUGCCCAACCUGGUCCCUCCCGUCACUUCUCCCGAGCGAGCUUUGGAGUACAAGCAGGAGCUCCAGGCCCUGGCCCCUGACACCGAGUUCAUGGUCACCAUGUAUCUGUCUCCAGAGAUCACCCCCGAGGUUGUUGCUGACGCUGCUAAGAAGGGAGUCUCCGGUAUCAAGGUCUAUCCUGCGGGUGUCACCACAAACUCCGAUCAGGGAGUCUCUUCAUACGAGCAGUACUACCCCGUCUUCCGAGCCAUGGAGGAGCACAACCUUGUUCUUAACCUGCACGGUGAGUGCCCCAGCACUCCCCAGAGCGACAUCACCGUUCUGAACGCCGAGGAGCGGUUCCUGCCCACCCUUGGAGAGCUCAACAAGAUGUUCCCCAAGCUGCGAAUCGUUCUCGAGCACUGCACCACCAAGGCUGCUGUUGAUGCUGUCAACGCCUGUGAUGACAACGUCUCCGGCUCUAUCACUGCUCACCACCUGUCUCUGAUUAUCGACAACUGGUCCGGUAACGCCAUCAACUUCUGCAAGCCUGUUGCCAAGCUGCCCUCUGAUCGAGACGCUCUCGUGGCUGCCGCCACCUCCGGCUCACCCAAGUUCUUCUUCGGAUCCGACUCUGCUCCUCACCCUAUCAAGAACAAGCGAACCUGCAACAACGCCCCUGCUGGUGUCUUCACUCAGAGCCACGCUCUGACCUACGUCGCCCAGGUCUUCGACAAGGCCGGCAAGCUCGAUAAUCUCAAGAAGUUCGUCACCGAUAACGGCCGAAAGUUUUACCAGAUCGAGAACAUGGCCACCAGCGGCCCCGAGGUCACUGUUGUCAGGAAGGAGGUUGUCAUUCCUGGUCUCAUCGGUCCUGAGGACGACGGUGUUGUUCCUUUCCGAGCCGGCGAGAAGCUCGACUGGACCAUUGAAUGGAACUAG